CGCAGGCUCCGGGCCGAGUCCGUUAUGGCUGCUGCUGCUGCCCUGGGAAGGAUGAGGGAGUCCAUGCAAGCAAAGCUGUUGUCGGGUCCGGGUAUUCAGGCCCCUGGCGGGCUGGCGCGGCCGCUGAUCCUGGCGCUCCUGCUUGCGUCCGCCAUGUCCAAUGAAACAGAUCCACCGGGCCAAACUGUACGCAACCCAGAUGUUUUUCCUUCAAAUAUGAAUGCUUUAACACAUGAAAAACAAACCAAAUCUCCUAUUCCCCCAAUCACUACCACUCUCCCUCCCCCAACUAGUACAGAGAAAAGCGGAGGAGCAUCUGUGGCUCCCCCUCCCUCAACCACCACCUCUGUGUCCCAAGAGGAGGCUGAUAACAACGAUGAAGAUCCAAGCAUAGAAGAGGAAGAUCUUCUUACACUGAAUAGCUCUCCAUCCACUGCCAAAGACACUCUGGACAAUGGAGAUUAUGGAGAACCCGACUACGACUGGACCGCCAGCCCCAGGGAUGAUGAGCCUGCUGAGCCGUUGGAAGAAAACGGGGGUUACAUGGGAAUUGAGCAGUCAGUGAGAUCUUUCAAGGGCCCAUCCUCGAAUAUAGAAGAGGAAGACAGCCAUUUCUUUUUCCAUCUUAUUAUUUUUGCUUUUUGUAUUGCUGUUGUUUAUGUAAUGUACCACAACAAAAGGAAGAUUUUCCUCCUAGUUCAAAGCAGGAAAUGGCGUGAUGGCCUUUGUUCCAAAACAGUGGAAUAUCAUCGUCUAGACCAGAAUGUUAACGAGGCUAUGCCUUCUCUGAAGAUUACCAAUGAUUAUAUUUUUUAAAGCACUGUGAUUUGAGUUUGCUUAUUAUGUAAUUUUAUUUCCUCAACUUUUUAUAUGAUAUUGUGCAGAUGUUUGCCACAGGCACCUCUCUUAAGUGAGAGGUGGAUCUCUCUUUUGCCUUGGUGCUUUGGAAAUUAAAUGUCACAAAUGAGUGUACAAUUUUUUAUCUACACUUCUAGAGCUGAUUCAGUCAGGUGUCUGAAAUGUGAGUUAACCAUCACCUUAUAUUUAUACUGUUAAUUUUUAAAUUUUCCAUUUAUUGUACUUCUUCUGAAAGUAAUGCUACUUUGAAAGAUCCCAGACUUGUAACUGAAGUGUAACAUAUAUAGUACUGCUGACUCAGAUCUACCCUCUGCCAUCCAAACACUAUCUUUUAAACACAUAUUUCUUUGUGGUCACAAACUAUAAGUACCAGGAUAUAAUAUAUGAUGAUUUGCAUUUAAGUAAUGUCUUUUCUCUUAAGAAAAUUGUUCUGCAUAUUUUUAGGCUAUAAAACACAAUGUAAAAUAAUUAUACUGCUUAAUCUGACCAAAAUUUUAGGUAACACAUGAAAUGUGUCUAGAGAUUCUGGCAAAGAGACUAUAAUUUGCAGUGAACAUAGAUAAAAUGUUACAUAAUACCAGUUUUUGGGUUGAAUUACUGAAUUAAUUUAGAGAUAGAAACUGGUAAAAAAACUAAACACAUGAACAAUUACUUUUAGUUAGCAAUUGAUUGUAGCACAGGUUCCAAGGUUUCAAGCAGUGGGCAGAGUUUAAAAUUAUAUCAGAUGUGUUUACUUUGUUUCUUAUUGUAUAGUAAGUUUCAGUAAAUCUUAGAGGACAUUAUCAUUAAGUUAUAUUGUAUCUAGGUCUUUCAAAUUAAAAUUAUAUCUGAAUGAAGUUUGUUUGUAUACAAGAAGGAUAUAUGUAUACAAUGACCUUCUCAUCCCCUGAAUUGUUUUCAUAUUUGUUUGUUUUUUACAGCAAUUAGAAAUUAUUUACUGUAUUUCAUUUUAGCCUAUCUUUCUAUUACAAAGAAUCGAUCACUAUGUAAAUAUGUGAUUUGAACCAUGGUUGACUUACAAGUGUCACUACAACUUUUUUAGGAAACAUUACCUUUCCUAUAUGUUAAACAAAGCCUGGGCAAGCCAGUGGUCAUGUGCUUUGUGUAGGAAUGGAAGAAGCAGUGCCAUCCAUCCUCCCUUUGGGUGGACAGUUGACUGUCCUAAUAAGGAAGGGAAGCACAAUGGAUAUACACCUGAACUGUUUUAUUGCAGUAAUUUUUUUCAUAUCUGAAAUUGUAUUAUUUAAUAUUUUGAAUAAAGAUUUUAAGAAAUAAAUGACAAAGAUAUAAAUCCAUGCCUUUACAAGUAUGUUUUGUGACACUUGGUGAUAACAGAGGAGAGUCUUGGUCUGGGAGGAAGUGAGACUGAUUAGCUUGCAAUCAUCCCUCUCAGCCAUAGAACUCUGUCUCUAAGGCUUGCCCUGUACGUUUCAAAAUCCUUUCUUGGGUUCAGUUUACCUCUGGUUGCUGACAUUUAUUGAUAUUGCAGCAAAGUAGGAUGGCAAAGAAAAGUCAAGUGGCUACUCAGUGCUCUUUCUAGCAUUCUGGGCUUGCUGUUGUCUGGGAUACCUAACCUGCAAGAUCCCCCUCAGUGAGUCUAGGGCUCUUGGGUAUUUUCUGAUGGCACAGUCCACCAUGCAUGUUCCAGUACUGCCAUCAAACAGCCUCUGACUUCAGGUGUGCAUUGAUUGAAGUGCUGCUGGAGUAACAGAGGCACAGGGACCCAAGACCCCCAUUUGAACCUCACAACACUGAUGGAUCCUGCUCAUCUC